GAUUAAGGGGAUGGUAAGUUGGACUAAAUAUCAUCAUAGGCUCUGGGGUAGAACCUUCUUAAACCCUAACCCCCCAAUCAAUUCAGAUUCGCGCGUUUGAGUUCCCACGAAAUUAUGAAAUUGAAUGAAAGGAAAUUGUAAUCUGUUGAUCAAAUUGCCAUAGACUUAGAGGGCCAACUCAAUGUCCGGCAGAAAACAAGGUGAAACGCCGGCCGACGAAGGUGGAUCUGGUACGAAGCCACCGCGCAUCAAAAUCUCAAAAUCCUCCGAAGGAAGCGAUGCCAAGAAUGCUAGCAGGAAGCUUAAAGACAUGGAAAUCUGUGUACCAAUAGUCUGUGGAACCAUCGCAUUUUACCUUGGCAGGAAGGCUAGCGAGUCCCAGUCACAUAAAUGGACAGUCUAUGUACGUGGUGCUACUAAUGAGGAUCUCGGGGUGGUGAUAAAGAGAGUUGUGUUUCAGUUGCAUCCUAGCUUUAAUAACCCAACAAGAGUGGUUGAAUCCCCGCCUUUUGAGUUAUCAGAAUGUGGUUGGGGAGAAUUUGAGAUUGCCAUCACACUUUUUUUCCACAGCGACGUCUGCGAUAAACAAUUAGAUCUGUUUCACCAUCUGAAGUUGUACCCUGAAGAUGAGUCUGGUCCACAAACAACAAAGAAACCUGUUGUGGUGGAAUCUUACAAUGAAAUUGUGUUUCCCGAUCCAUCCGAAACAUUUUUCUCUCGUGUUCAGAAUCAUCCAGCUGUUGUUGUGCCUCGACUUCCUGCUGGUUUCAAUCUACCCAAUCCUGCAUCAAUUGAUAACAUAGCAGAAAGGGAGAGAGGCGACACUAAAGAUCAUCCCCUUAGUCAAUGGUUCCUGAAUUUCUCAGAGGCAGACGAGUUGUUAAAACUUGCAGCUGCUCGCCAACAAGUGCAAGCUCAUAUUGUCAAAUUGAGACGACAACUCAGUGUGAUGGAUGGACUACCUCAGUUUUCAAAACCAACUGCUGGUUAUGAAUUUACUUGAUAAGCUGGAGGCUGAUGGAGUUUUUUGAUGUAAUUAGGUUUACUUGCCUGUUCUCAUGGUUCAGGUCAAUGUACACAACGAUGUAUUGAGUUUUUCUUUAAAAUAUCCAUGCAGUUAAAGUAAAUUAAAGUAGGAUUUGUCGCUCUUAGUAAACUUGUUAUUUCACUUGUGCUCAAUCACUCAUUUUUUUA